CCCUGAAUUUCGCAGUACUUCCGCACAACUUUGUCGUGUACCGUUUUAAAAGACAACUACUAGUAUACCAGUUUGUAUUGUUCUGUGGGCAUUCUGUUGUCAAACCAAAAUGAUGGCGGAGAAUUGUGUCCCGGAUUCGUGCUUCGAAAAUCUUCCAAAGCUGGUUGAUGACCUUGAUGACUACCUAAAGGCAUACCAGGCCUAUGCCGAGUUCUCUGGGCUCAAAGUGGACAUUUACAAGGACUGGGCCAGGAUUGUUUUUGAGGAGCAGGUUGUCACCCAUUUCAUAUCCAAGUUUCCGAGUGAUGGAACUCUACGGGUGCUUGCUGUGGGGAGCGGUGACGGAAAAGUCGAUAGCUGCAUGCUAGAACAGCUAGUGGCAAGGUACCCCCGCAUCCAUUACACGGUCGUCGAACCCGCCAACGAACCACUGGAGGAAUUCAAAUCCCUCAUCAAUGACAGCCGACCGAAGUUCGACGGUGUCGAGUUCGAAUGGCACAACAAAACCUUCGACGAGUUUCAGAAGUUGGAGGAAGAGAAAGCGAAAUCGACGGGUGCGGAUAAAGAGCGGUUUCAUCUCAUCCACGCCAUUCAUUCACUGUACUAUGUCAAUGACCUACAGCAAGCACAUACCUAUCUGAGGGACAGACUGGUCAAGCAAGGAGCUCUUCUUGUUAUACUUCUCUCAGAAGAAGCUGGCAUCUAUCGCGUGUGGGAUCGACAUCCGAAGUUAUGUGAAGGAAGCCCCGCAACCAACCUCUGCUCCGCCCAUCUACGACAGAUUUACGCCCAAUCCGACACGCCCUAUACUUUCCACCACCAAUCAUGGCCCUCCGAUAUCUCGCAGUGUUUUGACGCCUCCUCUGUCCAGGGAGGCCGGAUGCUCGAUUUCAUAACCCACGUGAGGAAUUUCCGCCAAUCGGCACCCGAAGAACUGAAGAAGGAUGUCAUUGCUUUCUUGAGGAGAUUGAAUCAAAGCGACAAAGAGGAUGAGAAAAGCUCAGGGGGAUACCAGCGAGACUGGGACUCCAUGGUUAUGAUAAAAUCCUGAUGAAUUAGAGGAAAUGUCGGAUUCGACAGAAGAUUUUUUUAUUUUACUAGGCUUUGAAAGUGACAUUCAAAAACUCAAAUAUCUUGAAUACCUUCGAUUUUUUUCUCACCUGCAUCCAGAGUGAGACUAUGGGCGCCGCUUUUCCGACGGCGGCGGCGGCGUCAACAUCAAAUCUGAACCUAAGGUUAAGUUUUUGAAAUGACAGUAUGGACCGAGUUCAUGAAACUUACAUAGGGUAAACCAAGGAUUACUGAACACCUUGCCAAAGUUUAAGGGCACAUGACCAAGGUCAAAAGUCAUUUAAGGUCAAUAAACUUAGACCAUG